AUGUCGGUGUUCGUAAAAUGCGAACUACCUGCACCGAGAAAGGAUCCAAUACAAGUAAUUAAAAGAAGUGACUGUUGCUCAUCAAUGGAACCGCAAUGUCCAUCAGUGUGCACCACAGUGUGUCCAACUGAGCCCAUGUGUUGUUACCCAUGUGGUCCACCAUCGUGCAGUUCUAAACAAAAACCUAAUUGUCCUCCGCCUAUGCCAGUUACCUGCAUGCCAUGUCCCCCUCAAUCCCCACUUUUACCAUGUCCACCGCGUUCUUUCGUUUGCCCACCUUGCACAGGUCAACCAUGUAUCACCUGUGCACCUUUACCUAAGCCAGUUCCUGCACCUUUUGAAUUCGGACCUAUCAUAAGAGCACCUAUUACUACCGGUGGCUUGAGAAUAAUAUGCGAUCUUUGUCCACUAAAUCAUUUCGAUAGAUCGAGUUGUACAAUAACAACGUGCAAUUUACCUUUAUUAAAUACCGAACAACAAAGAACUAAUGAACCGUAUUGCCGUAGAAUAGAAUCAAUAAAAGCAGUCAGAUUUAAACAGCAUGCGAAUUCGCCGCAGGGUUAUGGUCCUGGGACAAAUUUAAUAUAUCGUCCGUUAGUGCAAGGUGGCCUCAGGUAUCGUGGAGUCCAUAAAUUAGUUCCUCUAAGUCCUCCACCAAAUAGUCCUGUAUUGUGUCGACCUGCCUCGAUUAAACCUACCGAUUUUCUAGGAAUGGUUAUGUAUUGCCGUCCCCGAUAA